ACUAAUUGGGGAACCUGCAUUUUGGAAUGUGCUCACCAGCAAAGCCGGCUUUGAUAACACCGGAGCCCUGGAAACAGAUAUGUUUAUUCAAAUUAGUCAGUUCACAAUCAACUAUAAAAUUCAAGUUCUUGAUUAUUUUUUUUAUUUUUUCUUGUAAGUUGCCAUGUUUGCCAGAGUUCCAUUAGUAGACAUGUGGAAUGUGUCGAAAAGUUGCCAGAAAUUACGCAAGGAGACAACGCUUGGAUUCGCUGCCAUGAAUAAAAAACUGUCGAUUAUAAACGACCAGGAUGUGCAUAGGCUGGACUCAUUCUACUUGGAGUGCCAGAAGUACAGGGAUUAUUACCGCGACCCCCAGAACAAAGUGAUACGUCCAAAGAUCUUCACAUCCAUGGGAAGACGCGGUGUCAAAAAUGAUUUGUCGAACAUGCCGAUCACAUGGGUUCAGGAUGAUUGUAGGCCGCAGAUGUUUCCCAUUGAAUAUGGCACGGACUUGAGUUUGGGCAAGGGCUUCCAGACGGUGGAGCGCAACAGCAGAUUCACUGACACGUCCUUCGUACGAUAAAGCAGCCGACACAUACACACAAACUUGUAAGAACACAUGCACUCAGAAAAUCAGUGGAGUCAAAAGAUAAUGACGAACUGGCAAUCAAAAUUGUAGUUGUGCAAAUAAAACAAAAUCCUAUGUUGUCCAAAUA